GAAUACUUUCAAUGAAUAUAAAAUCAUUCAUUGCAAAAUGUAAAAUGGGAGUUAGGCAGUUACACAACAUACAGAAUUCGCAAAAUUUUUGUAUGGCCGUACUUUGCUGGUCAUUUACGUGCCGCAAAUGAGUUUUCACACCUCAAAACCAACCGGAAGUUUGAUGUUUUUCUCAUAAAUUUAGAUGUGAAUCGAAACAAGCCACUCCAAAUACAGUUUCAGAACUAGAGCGUCUGUACAUAUGUUGCGCGAAAACCCCCCACCGCGCCAAAAGAGUUGGGUGGGACCCACGUACAGAGUAACCAUAAUUAUGCUCGUCAUCGGACAGAUUCAGGUCUCGGUGGCGAUGGAGAUCACUCCCCUGAAGGAAUUUCUCGCAGAUCGCUACUACCUCAGUCUCGUGCAAUUUGUCGUCAGCUUCCUAUCCAUCCAGCUCUACGGAUUUUUCUACCACAUAAUCGUUAAAAAGCCUAUGUGGGUGCGGUUAUUGGCGGGCCUCUGGACGUACGAGGUGAACACCAUGUCGAUCAUGAAGCCCGCCAAACGUGCCCCUUAUAUAAGCCUCAUCCUGUCAAUCUUCCUAACAUUCCUUAUGAUGAUCAUCAGUGUGAUAUACGGAAAUAGUGCCAUCAAACACAAGAAAGGCCUUUUCACUACCCGGCAUAAGGUUAUCCUGUGGAGCGAGCGCAUAUUUGUCCUCACCUGCUUUGGCAUCAUCGUGUGUGCCGAGAUGAAGCGUGUUAUCAUAGAGUUUCCAACCCUGCUAGUAUACACCAUUCUCUCGAGCGUGUUUGUCAUAGUCUUUGGCGCUUCCAUGCGAAAGCCGAACUUCUACCGCCAGGAGUCGACCGGGGACUACAUACUGAUCGGCCAGCUGUACUACCUCAACUUUUUUGCCCUAUAUAUGGGCUAUGUGUGGACGACAGCCUCGUUUAUAGAAUUGAUGGGAUGGCGCGCGGACAUUCAUGAUAUAUUCGUGUACCUGUUCUAUCGGAAGAACAUCGAAUGAGUGGAACGCAUGCGUGGACUAUCGGAACAGCUGGGACAGAAUGUUUAUGCGAGACGAUUCAGUUCCUGCGGCAAUUGGUCAGUGCCUCGAUGUCGAUGGGGCAAGUUUGUCUGGGUGCCCGCGACUGCUGUCGUCUUGUUUCGAUUCGGUUUGCCGGAAAAUCGAUAACUGUUUCCAUGGCACGCGCAUCUUAAGCAAAAACGCUGAAUGUAAAUAAAUGGCUCUGUCCGCGAAACGUUUCCAU